ACAGCUUUAAAUGCCGAAGCAGCAGGAUUGGGUGAAGCUGGCAUUUUCAGUGAUUAUGGCAGUUUAAGAAAAAGAGAAAUAUUUCAUUCAGAAAUGGCAAGAAAGAGAGGACAACAACUUAAAAGAGGCGAAGGGCCUUCGUCAUUAUUUCUUCUGAGUGAUAAGAAUAUCGUCAGGAGAUGUACCAAAUUCAUUAUCGAGUGGCCUCCAUUUGAAUAUGCUGUCCUACUCACUAUAAUAGCCAAUUGUAUUGUGCUGGCUUUAGAAGAGCACCUACCCAGAGGGGAUAGGACGCCUCUAGCACAAAAACUUGAGAAGACUGAACCGUACUUUUUAGGUAUUUUUUGCGUAGAAGCAUUAUUAAAAAUUCUAGCAUUAGGAUUUUUACUUCAUAAAGGAUCUUAUCUACGAAAUAUUUGGAAUUUGAUGGACUUUAUUGUUGUAGUUACAGGGUUUAUUACCUUAUUUGCACCACAAGAUUUAGAUGUAGAUUUGAGAACCUUGAGAGCCAUCAGGGUACUUAGACCGUUAAAAUUGGUGUCUGGGAUACCAAGUCUACAAGUAGUUCUCAAAUCAAUAAUAAAGGCAAUGGCUCCUUUACUUCAAAUAGGCUUGUUGGUGCUGUUUGCGAUUGUUAUUUUUGCCAUUAUAGGCCUUGAAUUUUACAGUGGUGCUCUCCAUAAAACGUGUUACAGUAUAGAAGAUAGAACAAUCACCAAAUCUCUAAAGGCAUGUGGUAUUGAAGCUACGUAUAUCAAAAUUCUUGAAAACAUUUAUGAAGGGGCAACUGCAAAAGUUUGCUUGCUUCAAGAUACCAACGAUAUUAAAAUUGAAAAGGAAGUGAGACAAGGUGAUACUAUAUCCCCAAAACUUUUUACAAAUGCAUUAGAAAGUGUUUUUCAAUCAAUGAACUGGGAGAAUAAAGGUGUACUGAUAAAUGGAGACCACCUGACCCAUCUUCGAUUUGCUGACGACGUAGCCAUCAUUACAGAUAGCCCUUCAGAGCUCCAGGACACGAUUCAAGAACUUGAAAACAAAAGUAAAGAAGUUGGUUUAAAGAUGAACUUGAACAAGACGAAAAUUAUAUGCCCGUGCCUGAAACGCAAGGUUUUUGAUCAGUGUGUCUUGCCAGUUCUCACUUAUGGAUCAGAAACUUGGACUCUUAGAAAAUCAGAGAUCCAAAGACUACAGACUAUCCAAAGGAACAUGGAAAGGUGUAUGCUUGGCAUAACAAGGAGAGAUCAGAAACGUAUAACAUGGAUCAGGAAAAUGAUAGGAGUUACCGAUAUCAUCACUAGAAUGAAAUCCCCCAACUGGCAGUGGGCUGGACAUAUUGCAAGAAGAACUGACCAUCGCUGGACAUAUGAAGUUCUUGAUUGGAUACCAAGAGAUCGGAAACUACCAAGAAGACGUCCACACACUCGAGAAUUUGCUAAAGAAAGAGAGAGAGUCGAAAGUAGACAAUCGUUUUUAAAACUUAGGAGACAACAACAAUUAGAAAAAGAAUUAAAUGGUUAUGUAGAAUGGAUAUGCAAAGCGGAGGAAGUUAUUUUAGCUGAAGAAAGAACUACCGAAGAAGAAAAGUUGCACAUUAUAGAAGUCAACAUAAAGAAUAGAUUCGGUAGAAUAGAUAAAUGA